AUGUGCUUUUGUGCAGUCGCAGCUAGGGGAACAGAAAUUACAGAAGGAAAGGAACGCAGAAACGCGCUUGUUGGGGUUAAGAGAAUGGUUCGAGUAAAAGACGGGAGUGCGUCUUCUUGCCUUCUUGCUUGUUUCAUUGUGGUCAUCAUUGUUGUCUUCAACUGUCUUCCUACCAUCUUUUUUGCUCUCUAUGCAAGAGACAAUUCGAAUGAAUUAGAAAGUACUCACACGCACUCACAAGACAACAUCUCUCUGGGAUGCGACGAGCAGAGAGUGCAACAAUUCAGUGAGUUAUUAUUACAGACCGUUAGUAAAUGAUAGUUUGUGCAACAAGCAUUGGCCAACAAAAGACGUAUGUACGGCUGUCAAGACGGUGCACUGCCAAUCGGAAUGGAAAAUCGUGAAAAGCAUUACACAGUCACCUGACGUCUGUAUUCCACUCUCUGAUUGUACACAACUUCCAGCUCGACAUCAAAAUGAAACGAAU